GCUCUUCCUGUGUCGAUGACGUGUCGCCUGCGCAUGCUUGGAAAACUUGGUUUAGUUGUCCGUUUCCUGCCCGGUGCUUCCUCCUUGGUAAAGAUGGCAGUAAAGCUCGUUUUGUUCUAUGCAGUCGCUGUGUGCACCGCAGUCGUCUCGGCUUUUGUAGAAGAGCUGGAUGACUCCUUUAUGGAUACAAGACUGGGUGAUACUUGGAUAGUAGAUUUCUAUGCACCUUGGUGUGGCCACUGCAAGAAACUGGAGCCAGUGUGGCACGAGGUGGGGGCUGAAAUGCGCAGUUCUGGCUCACCUGUGCGAGUUGGAAAGAUAGAUGCUACUGCUUACUCCAGUGUUGCUUCAGAACUUGGAGUACGUGGUUAUCCAACUAUAAAACUGUUGAAGGGAGACUUGGCUUACAAUUACAGAGGACCAAGAACCAAAGAUGACAUAAUAGAAUUUGCUAAUAGAGUAGCAGGGCCAGUUGUUCGCCCACUUCCCAGCCAGCAGAUGUUUGAACACGUGCAAAAGAGACACGAUGUGCUUUUUGUUUAUGUUGGUGGAGAAUCACCAUUAAAGGAGAAGUACAUUGAAGUGGCAUCAGAGUUCAUUGUGUACACAUAUUUCUUUUCUGCUUUGGAGGAAGUUUUGCUUAAGCAUGUGACAUUACAAGAGUUACCUGCUGUGUUGGUCUUCAAGGAUGGAACAUACUUUGUUUAUGAUGAAUAUGAAGAUGGUGAUUUGUCUUCCUGGAUAAAUAAAGAGAGAUUUCAAGGAUAUCUACACAUUGAUGGAUUUACUUUGUAUGAACUUGAAGAUAUAGGAAAAUUGGUGGGAAUUGCAGUCAUUGAUGAUAAAAAUCCAUCUGAGGAGAGCAUUAGAUUGAAAUCACUAAUUCAAACAGUAGCUAAGGACUACAGGGAGCACUUCAACAGGAACUUCCAGUUUGGCCAUAUGGAUGGGAAUGAUUAUAUCAACAGCGUAAUUAUGGAUGAAGUGACUAUGCCAACAAUCAUUGUGCUCAAUACAUCCAACCAGCAGUACUUCUUUCCAAGUCAGCCUAUUGAACACAUUGAGGACUUAGUUCUGUUUCUAAACGAAGUUCUAGAUGGCACAGCAGAGGCACAAGGAGGUGAUGGCAUUCUUCAGCGCAUCAAAAGAGUUGUUUAUGAUGCAAAGUCCACAGUAGUUUCUGUCUUCAAGAGCUCUCCUCUUCUUGGAUGCUUUCUCUUUGGUCUGCCUCUGGGUGUCAUCAGCAUCAUGUGCUAUGGAAUCUGUACAGCCAACUCAGAUGAUGGCUCGGAGGAAGCAGAGCUCUUCAAGAGGGAAGGCCAAGAUCAAGAACUGACAGACGAGGGAAGUGAGGAGGAACUCGAGGAUGGCAAUGACGAACAGCAGCCAGAGAGUGGAGCUGAGCACAGUGAUGAGAAGCAUGAAGAAAAAACCUCAACAGAGAAGAAAACUGAUUAACCCCCCCCAGGAUUUUCUUUUUAAAUUGAAAGGCUAUUUUAUUUAUAUAUUCAAUAAAAUCAGGAUUCAGUAAAGGCCGACAAAGAUUGGUCCAGUAGCUUUGUCAGUGUGUAUUUACUUGUCUGUUACAGAAACAGUAAAGUUAAUGUUUAAAAAAGAAAUAUAAAUAAUACAAUUGCGGAAACAAAUGCAUGAACCAUAAUGCAGCUAUCAAUGGUGCAGCUUCAAAUAAAAUAGAUUUUUUUUUUUUUUUUUUUUUGGCUGUCAGAUUAUUAGUCAGUAACUGACCAUUCUGUCAUUCUCUGUAACACUUGAACUUUAAGCCCCGGAUGCAAAUUUGAACACUCAAGUUCUAUACUGUUGAAUUAGGAAUGUUAUUCUGAAACUUGGAGACAGGUGCAUUAUAUCCCAUUGUAACUAUCUUCACCUUGCCUUCAAAUGUCCUUUUAGUAUUUUGAUGUCGGAUAUAUUAACCUUUGUCCUCCAACAUCCUGCGCUUUCAGGGCUCUGAGAAAGAACACUAGUGAUGUUGUUCAUUUUAAAUACUGUACACAUUGCAUUUAAAUGCACCUUCCAUCUUUCCCUGAAGGGUUGCCAGGAGGAUCUACAAUAAUAUCUGUAAAAUGUAAGGUGAAUACUAAUGUUUUCAGCAGGGUCUAUAUUAACACAGUGAGGAUGAGUAUGUAUUUAUGUGAACCCAUUAGGCACUGUAGUCCACAACGAGAUUUUAAAAGGGCAUUGGCUGCAGUUAGACUAAACACUAUGGUUAAAAACAGCAAAUAGUACUGUGCAUUUAAUUUUGUCAUAAAAUAUGCAGCGUAACAAUUUGAAUAGAUUUACAUUUCAGAAGAAAAGUAAAGUGAAAGAAACUGAUGGGUGGGGAGGAUUCAUAGUUUGUUAUUAAGCCACAAAAUAAGCAUCUACUUUUGGACCAAAGCAAAGUUUUGCUGGAUUAAAUAGUAAAUGUGUAGAGCAACAUUAAACUGGGGUGAAGUACAUUUAAUUUUUUUUUUUUUUUUUUAAAGUCACAAGUUUACAUGGCUUUUGCAGUUUUCAUUUUGAAUGUUAAUGUUGCUUUUAACAAGUAUUGAUAUGUCUGUGAAUAGCUUCAACAUCGAGGCAUCAAAGCUGUAAUUGGAAGUACAUUUCUUUUAACUGCAUAGUGCUGCUGAGACCCAGAAAAACCUGCUGGCCUGUUGCAGGGGCUGUAAUACUAUGUUCCAUGCCUGGUUUAAACUUGUAUUUUAUUAACAACAAUGUUUUUUCAGCCACUUGCUGAGGCUUGUUUUUUGCAUCAAUACAGGCAAAGAUAUUCAUUAUAAAUAAUGUAGAUCUAUUUUUAUAUGCCUUUCUUCUGGAAUUGCAAGAAUAAGAAAACAAAUUUUGGUCAGACUGCUUUUGAUGCUUUUAUGUUUUUAAAGCAUUAUUUGAAAUGCUUGAUGUUGUUAUUAUUGACCUUGGUGGCACAUCCUAAUGCAUGCUAUGGCUAGUCACAUUUCUUGACUAAAAAAAAAAUAAUAAUAUGAAGCAGCUAAAAUGUUUUUCAUUUUUUUCAGUUGAACUCACUGUACCUAGAAUUAUUACAAGUAAUUAACAGCCAGUUUAUAAAUGGAUGUUGAGUUGCCACUGCCAGCAUAUUUAUUUGUGAUUGUUCUUUGGUACUAUAAAACAGAGGAUUCUGAAUCUUGGGGCAUUUUUUAUUUUUUAUUUAUUUAUUUAUUAUAUAUUUUUUAUUAGAGUCUUUGAUCUGGGCAGUAAGCAUUUUAGUAGAUUGCACUGAUAAUUGGACAUAAAGCAUGAAAAGAAAAGGCAAACAGCUCUUUUGAAUCUGAGUUGAAAGUGGAUCCAAGUUUUUUGGGUUUAAAUCCCAUUAAACUGCACACCAAAUAUUUAGAUGACUUUAUAACUUUUACUGCAGUAACAUUUGUAAUAUUUCCGUAUAAGAAGGAGCAUUUGACGAGAGGAAUGAUUUAAAGAAUAUACUGUACGAUGUUUUGCAUUAGUAUUUAUGGUUGCUAUUUAAGUUUGGUGCAGAAAACUUUUUUUUUUUUUUUUUUUAUAUAAAUAUUUAAGCAUGAUGCUAACAGGAACAGUACAUUAUGAGGGAACCUUUACUAACACAUUGAAGCAGCUACACACAAGCACAUAUGGUACCAUGGCAGGGAUAACUUAAUAAUGACUGCAUACUUAGGUUUGGGACGCACAUUGUACACAUCCUUAUCCACCUCCCAUACUGUUCUCGCUUGCCUGUUUGAAAGUCCAGCCCUGAUCUCGUCUUUGGGUUUAAUGUCUGCUUGACUGUCACUGUAUUAGCCGCACAAUCUUUCAAGAAGUCCAUCAACCUUGUUUAUCACUUCAACCCUUUUCCCCAGUAAGUGUUCUUAAUAUAUGAAUAAUUUUAUAUUAAAUGAUUUCUUUUUAGUAAUGUGUCUUUGGUACUGUUGUUUUGAUAACUAAGCAGGCAUCCGUUUACUCCUCUGGGGAAAGCAUGUUGAUUUUUAAUAUUUUUCUAAUUGUGGAAAAUUUCGAGUUUAAAUUUGACAGUUUGUCUUUAAUAUAGUAAAAGUAAUUAUGUAUAUGGCAGUUACAUGAUAUUAUGAAAUGAGGGUUUGGGCAGUCUUAACAUCUUGAAGCUUUUAAAGCUAGCAAAUUUCAAGUCGACAAAGUAAUUCAGUCCAAAAUUUAACCUUAAAACUAUUUUUUUUUUUUUUUUUUAAUUCCUUCAUACAUAUAGGUAAUUC